AUGGAGAUGAUCUGCAAAGUUAGGGCUCUGGGGUUGGUGUCUGUGCUCGGGAUGGUUCUUCUCAUCCCACCGGGCUCCACCCUUCCAUUUACUGGGGCUUACGGUUUGGACAACGGUGAAGACGGAGGAAAUCAGACCAACUUUAAUAUAGUCUGUGGCCAACCUUCCAACUCUAACCGGAUAGUUGGGGGUGAGGAUGCAAAGGAUGGAGAGUGGCCCUGGCAGAUCAGCCUCUUUUAUAGCAACUCUCACCACUGUGGCGGCAGCCUGCUCACCAGUACCUGGAUCCUCACUGCUGCCCACUGCGUAUUCGAUCGGGACCCAUCCAGGUACUCCGUGAUCCUGGGAACAAGCACACUGGAGCCUAUCAGCCCGGAUGGCGUCACCCGCAAUGUGAAACAGAUCGUGGCCCACCCAAGCUUCACGGGCAGCGUCGAAGCCAGUUAUGACAUUGCCCUGUUGGAACUCUCGGAACCAGUGUCCUUCACGGAGAAGAUUCGGCCCAUCUGCAUUGCCGACGCUGCCUCCCGGCCCGCCUCCGGCACACCCUGCUGGACAACUGGCUGGGGAAGCACAGGGACGGGAGAAAAUCUGCCCCCUCCGGUAACUCUCCAGAAGGUCGAAGUGCCUCUCAUCUACCGGGAGGCCUGUGACAACUUCUACCACCAGCCUCAACCAUCAUCUCCUGAAGAGCCUUCUUCCACCAGCUCCUCCCCACGGGAUGGUGAAGAGACUCCCGAGAGUCCCAUCAUCUUGGAGGGCAUGAUCUGUGCUGGCUACCCAGAGGGCCAACGGGACUCCUGCCAUGGUGACUCUGGGGGACCUCUUGCCUGCCCAGUGGAUGGAGUCUGGGUGCUGACUGGCGUGGUUAGCUUUGGGGAAGGCUGCGCCCUCCCAAACCGCCCUGGAGUUUACGCUGACGUGGCCACUUACACCUCCUGGAUCCUCGAGAAUAUUCCUCAGGGGAACGGAAACUAG